AUGAGCGAACCACGACCAUUUUAUGCUCUCAUUAUUACUCCCACUCGUGAGCUUGCUCAUCAAAUUGGUGAACAGACUGCGGGUCUUAAUCUGGUACAGGGGAAGUCGAUAUGCACUGUUUAUGUCGUAACUGGAGGCCAGAGCAUGAUCCGACAGGGAAGUGAUUUAGCUCGGGGUCCGCACAUUGUCGUUGCCACACCUGGACGGCUGGCCGAUCUUUUGCGCACCCAGAAAUCAUAUGCAGAUUCUGGUUCCGUUCCUGAGUGGAACCUCUCUCGCGUGAAGGUCCUCGUGCUCGAUGAAGCUGAUCGACUCCUGGAAGACAACUUUGGCAAAGAUCUUGCGGAAAUUAUGUCAGCUCUACCCCAAAACCGUCAAACUCUUCUAUUUAGUGCUACCUACAGUGGUGCUGUCAAGCGAGCUGUAGAAUCUGCGAGGGCAACUGCCAUCGCAGAGAACCGUAACCCUCCCAUUAUAUGGGAGUCAAAGGGUAUCACUGAGUCUUGUGGACUGAAAACCGCCAGUUCUGCCACAGUUGAUACCCUGUCCCAGUAUUAUCUAAUCACGAAACCUGAGUUAAAGGAUGCUUUCUUAGUCCACGUCAUCGAUCAAUUUCUUAAUGAAAAUUCGCAUUCGUUAAUAAUUGUUUUUACAAAUAAGUGCAAAUGGUGUCAUCUUCUUGGUUUAAUCAUGUCGUCAGUGGGUAUUCAGUCGGCCGUGUUGCAUUCCUCUAUGCCUCAGUCUGAUCGAAUUGCAGCUCUGACAUCUUUCAAGUCGAGUCAUGUGCGAGUGUUGAUUGCAACUGAUCUCGCUAGUCGCGGAUUGGAUUUUCCCACGGUUGACGCCAUAAUCAAUCACAACGUUCCAAUCCGGCCGAAGGAUUAUGUUCAUCGCGUUGGUAGGACAGCACGAGCUGGAAAGGCGGGUAUGGCUCUCACCUUCGCUGAUCUCUUCGAGAUCAAACGAUUGAAGGCGAUCCAGACUUUCAUUGGUUCGUUACAGGUUUAA